AUACGCGCAGUGCCAGUGAGUUUCCACUUUUAUCACAUGACGUCACUCUUGUAUUUACGAACCGAACCCAGCCAUAUGAAGCAUUUUGCCUACUGAAAAUCCUCCUCUUUCGCAUUUUCAUUUUCGCAAAACUAGGGAUCACACUUCUUCUCCACCAGAUCUGGUGGCGAAUCGCCGUCCAAUCUCUCUCUCUUCUCCGAAUGCCGCUUCAGUUCUCGUGACUUGCGGUGAAUCGGAAAUCUUCUCUGAUUUUUCUUCCUCUUUCUCUUUUCCGAUAUGCUUCUCUCCAGUCCCGUUACUCCCGGUCAGGUCUCGUUCUUGCUCGGGAUCGUUCUCGUCGUUGUGGCAUGGAUAUACUCGGAGAUUUUGCAGUAUCUGAAAAACUCUGCCUCGUCCAGAGCUGGGAACUCAGAAAUCAAUUUAGUUGAAGUGCGAAGUGAUGUUGUUAAAGAUGAAGACAGAGCAGUUUUAUUGGAGGGAGGAGCUCUACAGUCAGGGUCCCCGAAGGCACGGAGCUUAAGUACCUCACCAUCAAUUAUCAGGUUCCUUUUGAUGGAUGAGUAUUUCCUUGUUGAAAACCGUUUGACACUUAGAGCAAUGUCCGAAUUUGGUCUCAUUUUGGCUUACUUUUAUUUGUGUGACCGUACCGAUUUCUUUGCCUCAUCAAAAAAGAGUUACAAUAGGGAUCUCUUCCUAUUUCUCUAUUUUCUCCUCAUCAUAGUUUCGGCAAUGACUUCCUUUAAGAUACAUCAUGACAAGUCACCAUUGUCUGGGAAAUCCAUCCUUUACUUAAAUAGGCACCAGACUGAAGAAUGGAAAGGCUGGAUGCAGGUUUUGUUUUUGAUGUACCAUUACUUUGCUGCAUCUGAAAUCUACAAUGCAAUCCGUUUGUUCAUUGCUGCAUAUGUUUGGAUGACUGGAUUUGGGAACUUCUCAUAUUAUUAUGUUCGUAAAGAUUUUAGUUUAGCAAGAUUUGCACAGAUGAUGUGGCGGCUUAAUUUCUUUGUGGUGUUCUGUUGUAUUGUACUUAACAACAGUUACAUGUUAUACUACAUCUGCCCCAUGCACACUCUUUUCACUCUUAUGGUUUAUGGGGCACUUGGUAUUUUCAACAAGUAUAAUGAGAUUGGGUCUGUCAUUGCUGUAAAAAUCAUUGCUUGCUUCUUGGUUGUGAUAUUAGUAUGGGAGAUACCUGGCGUAUUUGAAUGGGUUUGGAGCCCAUUUACUUUCAUGCUCGGUUAUACUGACCCAAAUGCCAAAUCACAUGUUUCACGCUUGCAUGAAUGGCAUUUUCGCUCAGGGCUUGAUCGCUACAUAUGGAUAAUUGGAAUGAUUUAUGCAUAUUAUCAUCCAACUGUUGAACGAUGGAUGGAGAAAUUGGAGGAAGCAGAAGUCAAGCUUAGAAUAUCAAUCAAAGCAGCUGUUGUGCUGAUAUGCUCAUUGGUGGGUUAUUUAUGGUUUGAGCAUAUAUACAAGAUGGACAAGCUUACAUACAAUAAAUACCAUCCUUAUACCUCAUGGAUUCCCAUAACGGUUUACAUAUGCUUGCGGAAUGUUACACAAAGUUUUCGUAGCUAUACACUGACUCUUUUUGCAUGGCUUGGGAAGAUUACACUGGAGACUUACAUCUCCCAGAUCCAUAUCUGGUUAAGGUCAGGUGUUCCAGAUGGUCAACCAAAAUUGUUGCUUUCCCUGAUCCCAGACUACCCAAUGUUGAACUUCAUGCUUACUACUUCCAUCUAUGUUGCAAUUUCCUAUAGGCUCUUUGACCUGACUAAUACACUGAAAAUGGCAUUUGUGCCCAGCAAAGACAACAAGCGUCUUGUACACAAUUUAAUUACAGCAACAACAAUUUCAGUUGUUUUAUAUUCUUUGUCCCUUGGAUUCCUUAAUAUACCUCGAAAGUUGGUUUGAAAAUGUGAACAUGUAUAUAUUGUUGCAAGCUUCUAUGCUAGUUACUUGUGGACUCGGAAGAAUACUGGGCAGUUGCUGCAAUUGGUUUGUCAGGCCAACUCUUUACCGAAAGAUGCAUUCAUAAAUUUUUUUUCCUAAACAGUAGUAGAAGUGAACUUGUACCAAAAAAACGAAGCAAAAAUGAAUCAUUCUAAUAGGCUUAUAGCUGCAGUUUUAGGGGGUUGGAAGUUGUAUAGAUAAGAGGGUGGGCGCAUGGCAUCGCAUUUUUUUAAUAUAUAUUAUGCAGCCUCAUUUUUUUUAUGUCAAGUGUUGUAAUUUAGUCACACUUAUAUUACCGUCUACUAUUGGGUGAAUGUGAGGGCCAAACAAAUCCUCACCUAUACGUGGGGUUAAAAAUAACGGUUGGAUUGGAUCAAUUAUUAAAAUAAAUGAAUGUCUGAGAUUGAAUCGACCUUUCGUGUAUCAUGACCAUGCAUUUAUUUUACUGAUAUAUCCAACUUUUAUUUUUAACCCCUCAUCUUAGAAUUCACCCUACUCUAUUAUGUCAAAUAGUGGUAAGAUUUUUGACUUGUAGUUUCCUGAAACUCGGUUAUUACAAGGAACUAUAAUUUCUGCUA